AUGAGCUGUCACAUAUGCGCCACCGCCUACUCCCAUUCCCGCUUGCUCUGUCCAACAUGCGCCCGCAAUCGGCUCUACCGGCCACGACUGGAAAUUACCCAACUUCUUCUGCGGAAAGAAGUCAUAGGAAGCCAGGUUGAAGCAUCUCUUUCAUUUGAUGCGACCCCAUCUCAGUCUGUGCCGACUGAAUCGAACCGCCCGCGGACUGAUCAUGAGAGCUCUCGAUGGUGGACUGUAGAGGCCAUCUCCAGCCAGCAAGCGGCUUUCUCAAGUACGAAGGAAGAUAUCAACCGACAGGUCAAGGCCUUGAAGGAGGAAAUCAAGGUUAAAAAGUCUCAUAUCUCGGAGCGCAAGGCAGCUUUGUCCCGCAGGCGCUCCGAUGCGGAAUCAGCGCGGUAUCAGCUGGAGGAGCGGGAGGCUGUGACUUUAACAGCCAUCCAAAACACAAGCAAAAGAACAGAGCAUCUUUGGCACUCUUUGCAUAGUAAAACAGCAGAAGCUCGGAUCUUUCUGUGUCGGGAGGCUGCUCAUCUCUACGGCCUACGGCAAAAGACUUCGAGGAGCAAUGACGCCCGGGUGACAUACGUGCUCGGAGGAAUUUCACUGGUAGACCUGAGGGACAUGAAUGGAAAUACAGGUGCCACGCCAGCGCAAAUCUGCACCUCACUCUCCAACAUUGCUCGACUUCUUGUCCUCGUCUCGCACUACCUUUCUCUAAGGCUCCCUGCUGAGAUCACGCUUCCACACAAAGACCAUCCUAUUCCCACGAUAUACUCUCCUGCGGCAUCCUAUCAAUCGCAUGAACUACCGGAUGGAGUCUGCGCCCCUCGAUCAGCGACAUCGAGUCCCACGACAUCGAAGACAGGAGAAACUCGAGCUCAGCCGCGACCUCGGCCGUUGUUCAUUGACAAAGCUCUUCCUCGGCUAGCAAAAGAAGAUCCUGAAACAUAUGCUCUGUUUCUUGAAGGGGCCACCCUCCUCGCUUGGGAUGUCGCGUGGCUGUGCCGAACGCAAGGAAUCAACCUAGUGUCGGACUCGUGGGAAGAUGUUUGCAAUAUUGGUCAGAGCAUGUGGCAGGUACUGGUCGCCCCGCCAGCCCAAACGUCCAAUUUGAUGCGCGCUUUUGCCGGCCGAGACACACAGGCCCGGUUGAAAUCCACUAAAGACACCCCACAAACGACUAUCCAGCGGACAAAGUCAUUCCCUAUGCUAGGCCACUACUCUCACGGCACGGCACACUCUUUCCUCGGGGCAUCCGAAGGUACUGAGUUUAUACGAUCAUGGAAGCUCCCGACUCCAAUGAAGAUUGCGGACAAAUUGAGAUCCAACCUUCUUGGAGAAAUGGCAAGCGCAGAAUGGGAAUUUUUGGAAGAGAAGGAAUGGGACGAUGGCUCUGCAGAGGCCCAUCAACCGGCAGUACCGAUGGAGAGCAAUGAAUUACAAGUCUCGAGCUUGUCCACCACCCACGCCAACCCAUGUGGAUUUUCAAAAAAUUCGAGCUCUCCAAAUAAGGCAGACGAAGCUCGUCGGCCUAAAGGCACGAGUGGCUGGAUGAAGCUCAACAGUAGAUAA